AUGCCUUUACGUCAACCCCAGCAUCAACAUCGACAUCAGUCGUCUUUGGAGGAGGUGUUAAACUUCUCGCAACCUUUCUUUUUACAGCAUCAACAAAGCGAGACGGCAGCAACCCUCCUCAAUACCCUUGUCAAGCAUUAUGGUCUGGAACAAACCACACAGAAAGGUUACAAACCUGCGGCGCUUAUCCAGGCCACAUUUGAACACGUUGCAUCCAGGGAUGCAUUUUUAAUGUUCUUUUUUACAUACAUCUACGGUCAUCUAUGUCCAGAAGCAGAAUAUCCAGAUGGCACCGAUCUCAGAGUCGCCAUCGAAGAAUUUGCAGAGUAUAUUGUUAGAACUUCCUUCUUCCACUUAGAGCUUGUCUGUAAGACACCCCAACCCACGCCCGCGGUUGUCCGGAUACAAACAUCUACACCUACCGGUACACCACAACGCCUAUCUAUUCUACGACGAAGUUGCCUUUUGCGUGAUCGACAUCGGUGUGUAGUUUCUCGAAAAUUCGAUAGAAAAGAAGCCAGAAAGCGUUUCGAGCAGGAAGGCGAGAAUUGCAAGGAUGAUGAUGGAAUGCUACUAAAGAACGAAUCAAACGACCGGUUUCAAUUCCUGGAAGUUGCCCACAUUCUGCCGCACAGUCUAACAACAGUUGCCUCUGGAGAUGCGGAGCUGAGUGACUCAAAGAAGAAUGUACUCCGGAUAUUGGAUAUGUUUGACCCUGGUGUUAUUCAUCUAAUUGAUGGACCAAAGAUUGAUAGCCCACUUAAUGCCGUGACAUUGACUCUUGACUAUCAUCGCUUGUUCGGUGAAUUCCAGAUAUAUUUCGAACCAACAGGCGUACCGUAUCAGUAUAGAAUCGAUUCGACGGAAAGAAGUCCUUUUCUGCGUGAUCCGUUAUUUCCAGUUACUCGCACACUGACCCUUAGCCCGAGCCGUACUAUUGAUCCUCCUCAUUCUCGACUUCUCGGUGUCCAUCGUGCCAUCGCACGUAUCAUACAUCUUAGCGGUGCAGGCGAAUAUAUAGAGACUAUUAUUCGAGACAUGGAGGAGGUUGACGUGAGAACAGACGGGUCAACGAAUUUAGGACAUUUAAUGAGCUUACGAUUCGGCGGAUGGUUAAACACUUUAGCUGUAUUCUAA